GACUUCAAUUUGUUCCAGUCCCAGGUAACCUCAAUCUGCCCUACCUUGGAGAACGACGCGACCUCUUUGACCUUUCUCUACAAAAGAUUCAAACAUGAUCCCAAUAACAUAGAGCAUGCUACAUCCUUUUAUCUUCAGCAUGUAAUCUUCAAUGAAAAAUACGAUGCAAACAAGACGUCUCUCGAGCUGAUUGACAAUGAAAUAAACCACACUGAUUCAUCUGCUUUGCCUGCAAAUCACAGAAAGAGAAAGCACUCCUCCAUUCAGGCCUCUCAAGACUCUUUACUUUCUAAUAAUCCCAAUAUUAAUAAUAAUUUCAAUAACAAUUACGCUUGGAAAAGAUACAUCGGUUCUUUAUUAACAACCGCUUGGGCAUCAAGAUCUUAUUACUCGAACCUAUCCUACGGAACCAAUUUACUAGUCAUUAAAUCAAGACCACCAAUUAUUAAUUCAAAGAAUAAGAACAGCAGUAACAACAAAAACAACAGAUUCAAAAAAAAACAAAAAACUUCUUUCAAUUCUCCUGCUUCUGUUAAAUUAGUUUUACCAAAUGAUUCAAAUCCACUUGAUCUAACCAAAACAAAAGAAAUCGGCAGAAUUCCCGAAACGAUUUCCUCAAUCAUCGCUCCUCUACUAGAUUUAGACAUAUGCUCUUUUGAUGCUUAUGUCACUUAUAAUGAAAAUGUUAAAUUAUCAAUAGGUGAUUCCUUUUUCAUUCAACUAGAUUGUUAUUUAACUUCAAAUCUAUUCAAUUUUACUCAUAAAACUUUUAAUAAUUCUAAUAAUUUUAAUAAUCUUAAUAAAAAUAUUUCCAAUUUAAAUUCAAAUUCAAAUUCAAAUGAUCACUUUAAUGAUCAUUUGAAUGAAUCGGAAUCGGAAUACAUUUUAAAAUACCGUCAAGAUUCUUUAUCAAAUUUAUUUAAAAAACUAAAUUUAAACCCUUAUGAUAACACAAUAUCUUCAAUCAAUCAUAAUCAUAAUCAAAAAGAAAAGAAUAAAGAAAAGAAUAAAGAAAAUAAAGAAGAAGAAGAUAAUGAUGAUGAUGAUGAUGACGACGAUUUAAUAAUAUUGGGAUCUCAGGAAAUUGAUCACUCAAAGGAUCAAUCUAAACUAACUUUAAACCAAAUACAAGAAUUUUACAAAUCAACCCAGGCCUCUAAUCUAAUCAACAUCCUACCUCAAUCUACUCCUCCAUCAACCUCAAUGAAAAUCAAUCUAAGACCAUAUCAACAACAAGGUUUGUCCUGGAUGUUGAACAGAGAAAAGGAAUUUGAUUUAAUAAACGCUUUGUCAAUUCAAAACAAUCAAAACAAUCAAAAAGAAACCAAAAACCCAUUUCUUUUUAAUCAAAAUGACGAAAUUUUAAACCCAUUAUGGAAAAAAUUUAAAUGGCCAAAGGAUUCUUCUUGGUUAACAAAGAAAAAAAGAAAAGCAAAACGAAACCUCAAUUCUUCAAAUUCAACCAAAUCAAUUCUAAACAAUCCAUCACCAUUUAACACCGUCACUACUACUGAUAAUAAUACUGCUAAUAAUACUGCUAAUAAUAAUAAUAAUAAUAAUAAUAAUAAUAAUAAUAAUAAUAAUAAUGAUAACGAUAACGAUAACGAUAAUGAAAAUGACGAAUUUUAUGCAAAUAUGUAUAGCGGCGAAUUUUCAUUGGAAAAACAAGUCAUUAAAUCAAUAGUUAAAGGUGGAAUACUAUCCGAUGAAAUGGGUCUUGGAAAGACCAUAUCAACCUUAUCUCUAAUUCAUUCAUGUCCAAUCGAUUCAUCUUAUCAUUCCAAGAGUAAAGACCGGUCAAUUAAGGAUAAAUACGCUUAUAGAACAACACUAAUCAUAGUACCGAUGUCAUUACUCUCUCAAUGGGAAAGCGAAUUCAAUUCAACAAACACAAAUAAAGAGUACUCGUGUUUCAUUUACUAUGGAAAUGACACUCAAAGGAAUUUAUGCCAAUAUUUAUGCCACAGCGAAUCAAAUGAAAAAAAAUUGCCGCCAUUGAUAAUGCUAACCACUUAUGGAACAUUGCAAAGUGAGUAUUCCAGAAUCCAGUCAAAUAUCAAAAAUUACAAUAUAACGAAAAUUCCAGGAUCAGGAUUGUUUUCAAUUAAAUUUUUCCGAAUCGUCAUCGAUGAAGGCCAUUAUAUUCGGAACAGGACCACACAAACAGCUAAAGCUUCAUAUUUAUUAAAUGGAACAAGAAAAUGGAUAUUAACAGGCACGCCGAUUAUAAAUCGAUUGGAUGACUUGUAUUCACUGAUUAAAUAUCUAAACAUUGAACCAUGGUCAAGGUUUUCGUAUUGGAAAACGUUUAUAACGUUACCAUUUGAAAAUAAAGAGAUCAAAAGAACGUUAGAUGCUAUUAAGACGAUUUUGGAACCGAUCAUACUAAGAAGGACAAAAAACAUGAAAAAUUCUGAGGGAAAAUUUUUAGUUGAAUUGCCAAAGAAAACAGUACGGAUUCAAAAACUAGAAUUUAAUGAAUUUGAUAGAAAAUUGUAUGAAUUUUUCCUAGCGCGAGCAGAAAAUUCGUUCUUGGAAGGAAUGAAAACUGGACAGUUAUUAAAACGAUACACAACCAUUUUGACCCAUAUUUUAAGAUUAAGACAAAUAUGUUGCGAUAAAGGCAUAAUUGGAGGAACAGACUCUAACGAUGAAGACUUGAAAAAUGUCGGAAGUAAUUUUACAGGAUCAGAUAGGAUUAACAAGAUGAUCAAGACCCUAGAGGAGAAAUUGGACAUCAAUCUAAAGGGGAGAGAUUUCAGAAAUCCCAAAGUGGAAGAAUUGAUAAGGAAUAUAAGUAAAUUUGAAGAUGGACAACAGGUGGUUGUGUUCUCGCAAUUUUCAAGCUAUUUGGACAUCAUUGAAAGAGAGCUCUUGAAGGAAAAACGACUUGUUGUGUACAAAUUCGAUGGAAGGCUAAACAUGGAACAACGAGAAAGCAUAUUGAAAAAGUUCCAAAACUACAAACUAAUGAAUGGCGCUUGCAACCAGAUCAUAGUGUUGUUGUUGUCGCUCAAGGCUGGAGGAGUGGGUUUGAACCUCACCGCCGCCUCCAGGGUGUUCAUGAUGGACCCCUGGUGGUCGCCCAGUCUUGAGGAACAGGCCAUCGAUCGAAUCCACCGGAUAGGACAACUCCAGGAGGUGGAGGUGGUGCGGUUUAUCAUGGCAAACAGCAUCGAGGAGAAGAUGCUCCAGAUCCAGCAGAGGAAGAAGGCCAUCGGCGAGAGCGUCGGGGCGGGCGAAGAAGAGCGACGCGCGCGGAGAGUUGAGGAAAUACAGAUGCUCUUC